GGGGGGAGGUGACAGUGCCAGGGGAGCAGUGCUGUCCCCAGCACUGGGGCAGACUCACCCAGCUCCAGCCCUGCCAGGAGCAGGGACACCUUCCAUGGCUUCUCCAAAGCCCCAUUCCUUUCCUGGAGAAUGGAAUAUUUCUCUUCUAUGCAGAGGAAUGUUCUCCAUAUCCUCCUUCCCCGAUAUUUCCUGGCUCACUUCCACCUGCAGCACCUGAGCUGCUUUUGCUUUAGCUGGGGGAAAAACACUGACAGAUUCUGGUUUUUCUUGGAGGGUCUUGAUUUAUCUGUAAUUCCGUGUAUUUUUAGUGACGUGAAUAUCUCCUGGCAUUUGCGAUACCUUGAGCCACUGGAAGUGAUUUAUUUCCAGUGUCUUGUUUCAGGGGAGCUCAGUGUUCACAGGAACAUUUAUCUGCUCCGAAUGGAUGAGCUGCUUCCCGGCAGAAACUCCCAGAAAAGAACCUCCUUCUCCUACUGCAAAUCCCGCUCCGAGUUUUGCUUGGGAGAAAACAUUCGGGAGCUUUAGCAAAUUGUGGAUGUUUUUUCCCCAAUGUUAAGGUUGCCAGAGCUGUCAGGGGGUUGUGGCAGCUGAGUCUGAGCCUUGGACUGUCUCAGAAGCAGGAAAGGAUUUAAGUCGUGUUGUUCCCUGCUCCAAAGAGGUGUUAUGACAAAUCCGCUUGCUUUUGGCUUUUCUCCUUCUUUUUAAGGAUGAGAGGAAGGGGGGGCAAAGCCACACAAAACAAACUACAACAAACCCGCGGCUCCCGAGGCAGAAAAUCCUCUUUAAAAAUUGCCACAACUUAACAAAAUGCUUUUAUUAACGGCCAGGAAAGCUCCGAGGAGCCGCUUUCUUCCCGGCUGGAAAGCGCUCGGCUCGGGGGCCUGCCUUUGUUCCUCCGGGAAAGAUCCCAUUAGUGAAAGGAGGAAAACCCAGCGUGGGGGAAACACCAGAGUGGGUGAAAACCAGCCCAGCCCUGCCCGUGCCAGCCCGUGUCUGCCAGCUCCGUGUGCUGCUGCUGCUGCAGGGUCUGCAGCCCCCUGGGCUGUGCCUGGCACCAUGGUGGGGCAGAGCCCUGCCGAGCCCAGGGCUGCUGUGCUCCUGCAGCCCUUCGUGCACCAGGUGGGCGGCCACACCAGCAUGCUGACCUACGACGAGCACACCGUCUGCAAGCCCCUGGUGUCGCAGGAGCUCAGCUUCUACGAGUCCCUGCCCCUGGCCAUGAGGCAGUUCACGCCUCAGUACAAAGGCAUUGUGUCCGUGCACCUCAAGAAGGACAGCCUGGGCAACCUGACCCUGAUUGCCAGCCCUGGCCUGGGCCAGCCGGACAGCUGCGGCCGCCUGGACAGCGCCGGAGGGGACCCCGCGGUCACCCUGUGGCACAAGCGCAAGUGGAGCCACACCCAGGUCACCAAGACCUUCAAAGACAGCUGCCCUGGCAAGAUGCUUUUGAGGACAGACCUUCAGUACCACACAGAUUCCCUUUUGGAGGAUGCAAAUGGGAAGCAGCCAGAAAGGAAGAGCUACAACCCCUGGGGACUGCACUGUCACCGGCAGCACCUGAACCGCAUGUCCUCCAAGCACAACGAGAACAAACUGCAUCAGUUUCUCCUGCUGGAAAACGUGGUGUCCAAGUACAGCUAUCCCUGCAUCCUGGACCUGAAGAUGGGCACGAGGCAGCACGGGGAUGACGCCUCAGAGGAGAAGAAAGCCCGGCACAUCAAGAAGUGUGAGCAGAGCACCUCGGCGUCGCUGGGCGUGCGCAUCUGCGGGAUGCAGGUUUACCAGGCAGACACCGGCCAUUUCCUGUGCAAAGACAAAUACUACGGGAGGAAGCUGUCCCCGGAGGGAUUCCGGCAGACCCUGCGGCAGUUCCUGUGCAACGGGAAUCAGCUGAGGAGCGACCUGCUGGAGCCCAUCAUCCUGCGGCUCAAGGCGCUGCUGGCGGUCAUCAGGAAGCAAAGCUCCUACAGGUUCUACUCCAGCUCCCUCCUCAUCAUUUACGACGGGCAGGAGCACAAGGAGAGCGUGGAUCAACACCUCUCCUUCCCAAAAACUCACGGCACGAACCCCUCCAGGGUGGAUGUGAGGAUGAUAGACUUUGCCCACACCACCUUCAAAGGCUCCAAGAGCAACCCCAAUCCCACCCCGUACGAUGGGCCGGACCACGGCUACAUUUUUGGCUUGGAGAACCUCAUCAAAAUCCUUCAGAGCCUGUUGGAAGGGAAGUGAGAAUUUCUGUGAUUUCCUAAUGACUGAUAGCCCUGAAAAUCCCACCUGGGGUCGGCUGUGUGGGACCCUCCAGCUGCUGGAUGUGGCAGGGAACGAGCACGGAUCAGUCGGGAAGUGCUGAAAAUUUUCCGUGUGCCGUCACUGAACUGAAGCGUGGAAAGCAGAGAGCUGGAAGAAUCUGCUCUCUCUGCCAUCCAUCAGAAGAUUUAUUUUCCUUUCUGGUUUUACUGCUGUCCUUGAUUUAUUUGUGAGCCAAAGAAAGCAUUACUUGGGAAGAGUCUUAAUGAUAAACCAGGAGAUGCUCGCCCCGCAGCCGAGCGGGAGGAGCGGGUUUGAGGCAGGAAUGAACAGAUGGAGCUUCCAUUUGGAGCUUCCCUUCCUGCUCCUGCUCAGGUGGGAGGGAAAAACACCCUCCAACAUUCCCAGUGCCCCUAGUUGGGAUUCUCUGUACACGUCUUCAGACCAAGAGUUGCACCUCACCAAGCUUUAACAUCCCUGUGGGGUUAUAACAGGGAAUUUUCCACGGAUUUUCUAGGAAAGAGGCUCCACUGGGGCUGGAAGUGUGGGAGUGUGAUGACUCCGUCAGGUAUCAGCCACAAAAAACAUUCACAUCAAGGGAUUUUUGCUUAAAAAAAAAAAAAAAAAAAAGGAAAAACAGUGUGAGAUUGGGUCAGGGACUGGACGUCAAAGGUCACCCAGAAAUUCUUUGAUACAAAUACUCUGUGUGUGUGUGUGCGUGUGUGUGCGCAUGUGUGUUUGAAGGAGACAGUAACAAAAGACUCUAAAAAUAAUGUUUACAGCUUUUGUGGACAGAUUUUAUUAUGAUGAUGGAACAAACACAAUUCCUUCCUGCAUGGUGUGGGAAAUCUGAAGGAGAAGUCCUUGCACAAGGAAUAGAGCUACAGAACUCCACUACUGGGGAGAGGGGAUAGAAAUAAAAUUGUGGAAGUAACUCCCA